UAAAUUCUAGUUAAUAUGGGCUGAAAGACAUUUCAUUCAAGGCUAUUAUGAGUUAUUCUUAGUUUCUGGUGUGAGGAGGAUGAUCUGGAACCCUCAAAUCUGAUGAAUAAUAUGGCACUUUAUAAGCUACUUCGGCAACAGCUCCCUUGCCGUGGGCCCAGAAUCCUCUUCCGUCGCUCGCUACUAAAACAGUCGGAGAGUGUUUCAAGUCUUCCGGAUCGAUUUCCAUUUGUUUGACGAUUCCUUCGUUGUCCUUGUCGGUGACAUCGAUCUCGUAGUAGUGGAAGUUGGGGUAUUUGUCCAGAACCAAUGAAGUAAUUUGCUCUCUUGUUUGAGAAGUCUUUCUGGCUGAAGCGUCUUGAUCGAAGAACAUGACAAUGUAGGUGCCUUUCAUUGUACCUUCCAUCCAAUCGAUAAGUUGUUCUCCUUUCCUAAGAGGAGGGUCUCCUCUCUUAGCAUUGACUGAGACAAGAAUUAAUGCGAUUAGUAAGACCAGGGUGACCUUCAUUUUGAAUUUUAUUAAUUAUAACUGCUGUAGAAAUAAUUAUUUUUAUCAUAGUCCUUAUUGCAAACACAGUGCUAAAAUAUUCUCUAGAACCUCUUUCUAAACUCUUUGUUUGGCCUUAAGUGGCCCUUUAUUCUCCAUAACUCGCCAUUGUUGCUCUCUUCCUCCUUUUAUGCACUAGCGACUUAAUGUGUUAUUAAACAGCUAGGGUAUUCUAGCUGAAAAGUAGUUAUUCUCUAUGGCAUAAAGGUCUGCUUCUUGAGCUAAUAAUGCCUAAACUCUCUUUAGAAUGAUAAAAGCUAAGAAGUUAAUUGCUCAAAUCUUGUUCUAUAAUAACUUCAUAAGCUUUGAGUGUUAUAAUACCCUAUUUGAGAAAUAGAGGCCCUCUUGGAAGGACUUGAUUCAGAGGUGGCAGAACAUCAGAAAGCCAGAUUCCAUUUUCU